AAUGGCAUCAUUGCCAAUAACAGCAAAGAGUUCAGGUGUACUAUUUGCUGUUGUGACAUUCCUGUACGUGCGAAUUGGAAUCAUGUUGUAGAACAUCUUACUGGCAAGAAGCACCUUACCAAGAAAAAAAAGUUCGUACCCGAUUCAGCUGAAGAUUUGAUUUAUUUGAAUGAUUAUGAUACAAAUAGUGAUCAACAAGAGAAUGGCAAUGGAGAUCAUUGUAACAGUCUUCCUGACAAUACCAAAGAAAGCAGUAAAAACAUUUCUAUUCCUCAAUCAAAUGACAAAACGAUUCAGAGCGGCAAUCUUUUGGACAACUUAAAUUGCAAAGAGAGCAAUAACAAAGUAGAAGGAAAUAUCACGACUGUUAGGUCAGAAAGCGACACAGUUAAAAGCAGUAAUUUCCUCUUUACUUGCUACAAGUGUCAGGAUGUUGUGAAAUCUGAUGUGGCUCUGCAUUAUCAUAUGAUGUUUCAUUUAAGCCAAAAAAUUAGUCAAGUUACUGAUAUUCUACAUUUUUUAGUCAAAGAUAAUAUGAAACAGAUAUUCUGCUUGAUAUGCGAUUUUCUUAUCAAAAACGUGGAUGAUUUAGAAAAACAUUUGAGAGAUACUGUGCACCAAAAAAGAUUGAUCAUUGUACGAUGUCCAAGCAAUGGUACAAUCAUUAAUUUACAGCAUCUCAACUCUAGUUUAUACCAUCCUAAUCUUGUUAAUUUUUCAAGAGCGUACAAUGCUAGUAACAUGUACAAUCAAGAAUUUGGCAAAUACUUGAACUAUUUGCAAAAUAUUUUUCAAUCAAUAGCACAAAAAAACCAAAUUAACGACAAAGUACUCGGUGGCGUUGCGCCAGUAGUUCCUCAACAACCGGUAGCACCAAUGGAGUCUUUAAUUAUUUUAUUGAAAGAUAAACAUAUCAAAUUUAUGAGCAUUGACAAUAAUGAAAUGAUUGCAUGCCUUAAAUGCCAGAUGGCAUUCACCGAAUUGAGUGGGGCAGGGAUGCAUAUUUUUGAUCCACAGCAUCAGAACGAAGAGCCCAUUGAAUUAAAGCACAUAAUGCCGGAUGGCAGAGUGGUGAUGAAAAAUAAACAAGCAUACACCUGUUCCCUUUGUAGGAUAAAUAUUCCAAAUGACAUCUCGAUGGUUCAUCAUUUGACAUCUGAUUAUCACGCUUACAAAAAACAAGAGUAUUAUGCAAAUGCAAGCAUCCAAUCGUUCAAAAAAAUUAUUUUUUACUGCCCAACUCAUGGGACAAAUUUUUUUGAUGACAAGGCAUUUCUUGAUCAUAUUUAUGUUCAGCAUCAAAACGGAUUUAAAAGUAAUUUUUUCACAAAUGACUUGGCACAUCUUAACAACACAAAUAUGUGUAGAAUGCCAAACACGCCGCUAAUGGGUAAUAUAAAUGUACCUCAUUAUCCAAUGAUGCCACAGUGUUAUGAUACAAAUUAUAAGAAUGCCCAUUUUAUGCCUUCUCAUCCCUACAAUUACGCGCAGAAUAAUGUAAAUCAUGUACAUAAUCAUCAACAAAGACCUAGAGUUCCUGUUAAUAAUUAUAAUCAAAAAAACCAAAGUAAAACAAGUUCCGCUAUACGACUGAAAAAUAAAGAUUUUAUGAACUUCAGUCCGAGAUAUGUCCAAAUUUGUAUUGAAAGAGGUGGUGAAAACAUUUUCACAGUAAAUGAUGAAAAAAUGAAAAAUCUAGAAUUAAGUAUAAGCUUAACUUUUCCCUAUAAAACAGAGAGGUGCUGCAUUCCGUGUGGCUUAGAAGUUUCUAGUGAUCUACAACUUUUGUAUGAACAUUUGCGCACAGAAGAACAUGAAAAAAAUGUGCAAGAUAUAGAAGAUAAUGAUCGGUAUUUUGAAAAUUAUCGUGAACAGCUUAGUGAUUUAGAACUUGCAAGAGAAUAUAUGUAUGAAUAUUCAGAUAAAUGGGUCAAGUGUUACGCCUGUGAUAUUAAAAUAGAAAAUUGCGAAACAAAUCUUAAAAAUCACAUUGUCUCGGAUGUUCACGUCAAAAAGUACCAAUUUUUUAAAAAAUCUGCAGAUGAGAUAAUCAAAUUAUUUUACAACAUGUUUGAAAAUCUUUGGUAUUACAUUGCCAAAUUUGAUUGUUACUUAUGUGGUAAAACAUAUGAUUACGAAUAUGAUUAUGCUAGACACUUGGAAGAUAUCAAACAUUUGAUAGAAGUUCAAAAAAGAUUGAUAAAAAAUCAAUCGUUACAAUUUGACUGGUGUAUUUCAUGCUCAAGUUAUUGGUAUGCAAAAUCAGACUACCACAAAACACACUACACCAAACGCGCGCACGAAUAUUGUUUGAAAACUCGUGAUUUUACAGUUCCUGAAAUGAGUAGCGAAGUGAGACAACUUUUGACCAAGACUGAAGAAACUUUGGAACAAUUUAUAGAAGAAUCAGAGAAAGCAGCUUUUGAUGGGAAACACGUUGAAGAGCAAAUUUUGCAAAAUGUAGAAAAAGUUGUACAGUCAAGAUAUCCUCAAGCCAAAGCUUACUUAUUUGGUUCACGAAUUUCUCACCUGAGUUUUCAAAACAGUGAUUUAGAUGUUUACGUAGAUUGCAAGAAUGAAUAUGAAACACUCAAAUCCAAAGAAGACAAUGAAAAUGAAUUGUCAACAGUUCAGGAGUGCUUUUUUAGACAUGAAGACACUUGGAAAAUUACCAGUAUUAUCCACAACACCCGAGUACCAAUUAUUAAAUUGAAUCACAGAUCUACUAAUCUUAAUUGUGAUAUUUCAUUUAUUAAUGGGUUGAGUGUGGAAAAGUCCAAAAUACUUGGUUAUUACGUUCAAGCCUGUUUGUCGUGUCGCAAAAUGAUUCUCUAUUUAAAAAAAUGGUCUGCUCUGUGUAAAUUAUUCUCAGGGCGCAAGGGAAUUAACAAUUUUGCUCUUUCUUGGUUUGCCAUUUUUUAUUUACAAGUUCAAGAAAUUUUACCUAGUGUACAGCAAUUGAUUCAACAAAAAAGUAAAUCACAUCUUGUAGCAGGUUGGGAAACUGGAGUUUGUGAACAAAUUUCUGUUAAAGACACAAACUUAUCAACCGUAGAACUUCUUCGCGGAUUCUUCACAUACUAUUCGGAAUUUAAUUACAUAUCAGACGUGGCUUGUCCUUUCCUUGGAAAAGUAAUGAAAAAGAGUAAUUUUUCUGAAAUCGAUGAGUUACCAGACGAAAUGAGCUUUUACAAAAAACAAGUUAAAGAAGAGAAAAUCGAAUUUUUUCGGCUGGACUCACCAAUGUGUAUCCAAGAACCAAUUGAUUUAUCACAAAAUAUUACAAAAUCAGUCAGCAAAUUACAGUUACGAAUGUUUAAAGCCUACUGUGCUGAAAGUGCUGCAGUAUUAACAUCUUAAAUUUUCAAA